AUGGAGACGUCGUUCACACUACACACUGCAGCAUCACGUGCAGCAUACUCCCUCACACUCCAGAUCGUGCCCCAUACUGUGGAGGCGUCGUUCACACUACACACUGCAGCAUCACGUGCAGCAUACUCCCUCACACUCCAAAUGGUGCCCCAUACUGUGGAGACGUCGUUCACACUACACACUGCAGCAUCAUGUGCAGCAUACUCCCUCACACUCCAGAUAGUGCCCCAUACUGUGGAGACGUCGUUCACACUACACACUGCAGCAUCACGUGCAGCAUACUUCCUCACACUCCAGAUGGUGCCCCAUACUGUGGAGACGUCGUUCACACUACGCACUGCAGCAUCAUGUGCAGCAUACUUCCUCACACUCCAGAUGGUGCCCCAUACUGUGGAGACGUCGUUCACACUACACACUGCAGCAUCAUGUGCAGCAUACUUCCUCACACUCCAGAUAGUGCCCCAUACUCUCCCCAGGCACUACAGAGCCCAGGCACUACAGAGCCCAGGUACUACAGAGCCCAGGUACUACAGAGCCCAGGCACUACAGAGCCCAGGUACUACAGAGCCCAGGCACUACAGAGCCCAGGUAGUACAGAGCCCAGGUACUACAGAGACCAGGCACUACAGAGCCCAGGCACUACAGAGCCCAGGCACUACAGAGCCCAGGCACUACAGAGCCCAGGCACUACAGAGCCCAGGCACUACAGAGCCCAGGUACUACAGAGCCCAAGUACUACAGAGCCCAGGCACUACAGAGCCCAGGUACUACAGAGCCCAGGCACUACAGAGCCUAGGCACUACAGAGCCCAGGUACUACAGAGCCCAGGCACUACAGAGCCCAGGCACUACAGAGCUCAGGUACUACAGAGCUCAUGCAGGUAUUACAGAGCCCAGGUACUACAGAGCCCAGGCACUACAGAGUUCAGGUACUACAGAGCUCAUGCAGGUACUACAGAGCCCAGGCACUACAGAGCUCAUGCAGGUACUACAGAGCCCAGGCACUACAGAGCUCAGGUACUACAGAGCCCAGGUACUACAGAGCCCAAGUACUACAGAGCCCAGGCACUACAGAGCCCAGGUACUACAGAGCCCAGGCACUACAGAGCCCAGGCACUACAGAGCCCAGGUACUACAGAGCCCAGGCACUACAGAGCCCAGGCACUACAGAGCCCAGGCACUACAGAGCCCAGGCACUACAGAGCCCAGGUACUACAGAGCCCAGGCACUACAGAGCCCAGGCACUACAGAGCCCAGACACUACAGAGCCCAGGCACUACAGAGCCCAGGCACUACAGAGCCCAGGUACUACAGAGCCCAGGCACUACAGAGCCCAGGUACUACAGAGCCCAGGCACUACAGAGCCCAGGCACUACAGAGCCCAGGCACUACAGAGCCCAGGCACUACAGAGCCCAGGCACUACAGAGCCCAGGCACUACAGAGCCCAGGCACUACAGAGUUCAGGUACUACAGAGCUCAGGUACUACAGAGCCCAGGUACUACAGAGCUCAUGUAGGUACUACAGAGCUCAGGCACUACAGAGCCCAGGCACUACAGAGCCCAGGCACUACAGAGCCCAGGUACUACAGAGCUCAGGUACUACAGAGCCCAGGUACUACAGAGCCCAGGUACUACAGAGCCCAGGCACUACAGAGCCCAGGUACUACAGAGCCCAGGUACUACAGAGCACAGGCACUACAGAGCCCAGGCACUACAGAGUCCAGGUACUACAGAGCCCAGGCACUACAGAGCCCAGGUACUACAGAGCCCAGAUACUACAGAGCCCAGGUACUACAGAGCCCAGGUACUACAGAGCACAGGCACUACAGAGCCCAGGUACUACAGAGCCCAGGUACUACAGAGUCCAGGUACUACAGAGCCCAGGUACUACAGAGCCCAGGUACUACAGAGCCCAGGUACUACAGAGCCCAGGCACUACAGAGCCCAGGUACUACAGAGUCCAGGUACUACAGAGCCCAGGCACUACAGAGCCCAGGUACUACAGAGCCCAGGCACUACAGAGCCCAGGUACUACAGAGCCCAGGUACUACAGAGCCCAGGCACUACACAGCUCAGGUACUACAGAGCUCAGGUACUACAGAGCUCAGGUACUACAGAGCCCAGGUACUACAGAACCCAGGUACUACAGAGCCCAGGUACUACAGAGCCCAGGUACUACAGAGCCCAGGCACUACAGAGCCCAGGCACUACAGAGCCCAGGCACUACAGAGCCCAGGCACUACAGAGCCCAGGUACUACAGAGCCCAGGUACUACACAGCCCAGGCACUACAGAGCUCAUGCAGGUAGUACAGAGCCCAGGUACUACAGAGCCCAGGCACAACAGAGCCCAGCCACUACAGAGCCCAGGUACUACAGAGCCCAGGUACUACAGAGCCCAGGUACUACAGAGCCCAGGCACUAAAGAGCCCAGGCACUACAGAGCCCAGGCACUACAGAGCCCAGGCACUACAGAGCCCAGGCACUACAGAGCCCAGGCACUACAGAGCCUAGGCACUACAGAACCCAGGCACUACAGAGCCCAGGCACUACAGAGCCCAGGCACUACAGAGCCCAGGCACUACAGAGCCCAGAUACUACAGAGCCCAGUGCUAACUGGUAUCGUUUGGGAACACCAACAUUAUCAGCAAAGCAUUCAUCGAUUGCUAGCAACAUCGUGCCUUUCAGACCUUAAGGAGAUCCUUAUCAUAAUUAUUGUUUCUCAGGAAGCUGUCAAAGACCACGAUGUUAGCCAACACAUUAUUCCUCUUAUUCUUCAUAAUGAAAUUAGGACCCAAUCCUUGUAUGACGGGGCCGGCAUCACACCCAAUGACAUUUAUCAGGAAGGUGGUGAUAUCUUCAGGAAGAAGCUCUUCUUCAUAAGUAUGGAGGACCUAGAAAAACUCUUGGGCUACGAUUUCCCGCUUCGCAAGGACCACCACUUGUAUCUCAACUACCUACGUCAGCUCCUAGCCGAAAGAUCACUUUUUAUGAGCAGGACCAGCCCAUGGAUAACUGACCGCACAGAGAGUGAGAUCAGUACGAAUAUUGAGGAUGAAAACCCGAACGUGGGCGUGUUCGCCAUUGUGUUCUGCAGUGACGAUUAA